AAACAGAUGAAUCCCUUUUCCUUUUCCUUCAUUUAGAUUUCGUCCAGUACAUAUGUCCAAUAUUCAACAUCGUUCUGCUCUGUCAUGGCAGCAUCAACAACUACCACAUCAUCAUCAGCAUCAUGGUCGCGUAGCGUCGUCGCAAUUCUCUCGCAUACAGCGAAGCCCCUGGACUGGUGUUGUACUCUUCAAAGCUCUUUAUCUGGUAGCAGCUGCUGUCUGAUAAUGCACAAAGCCCACGACAGACGUAGUCGCGAUUUCGCUGCGUGUGGUGGGUACUCUUUCGGAUCGCUCUCUACCUUCUGCUGCGCUAAACUUCGCCGGGAAUAAUGUCCUAACGCUUGGAACUAAUCUCCAUUAUCUACGUCACGCGAUUAGCUCCAUCGUUUUGUUUUCAAUUUCAUCGUGCAAAUAAAUAGUCAACCAUUCGGACCGCGCAAUGAGCUCAAGCUGCAGCACCUGCAAGUGUUCCUACACGGCCGGUCUGGUCGGGUUGAGCCUGGCCGGAUUCUUGCUGUCGCUGUACACGUCCUACGUGGAGAUUCGGGCCGAACGGGAUAACAGCUACGAGGCCAUGUGCGACAUCAGCGAGCGGAUCAGCUGCACCAAAGUGUUUACCUCGCCCUACGGGCGCGGUUUCGGCCUGGUGGGACCACUCCUUGGCCACGACUCCCCGCUCAACAUCCCGAACGGAUUCUUCGGCAUCUUUUACUACUUCCUGGUCGCUGGGCUGUCCUUCAGCAACAACAUCCGCAUUUCCCGGCUCACCACCUACCUGAUUGGGCUGUCCAACGUGCUGUCCGUCUAUUUGGCCUAUUUGCUGUACUUCGUGCUCGAGGAUUUAUGUAUCGUUUGCGUGUCGACCUAUGCCGUCAAUCUGAUCAGCCUGAUCCUGGCGGUACAGAAGGGCCAUAUUCUGGUGCGUGAGGAGCAAGUCCUGCGCGUCAUGCAGAAGGAUCGCUAAAUUAGUUACUCUUGAGAGUUAGAAUUAUAGGCAUUUUUAAAAGCUUUAUUAAAUUCGUUACAUGCCAGAAAUUUACUUGAUGUUGUAAUAACGAUUUUCCUAUUAUACAUAGUUGUAUUUAUUGCUAAAUUUACUGAUUAAUAAAUUCUACAUGUGAUGGUUUUAUUGCACAAA